AUAUCGUAUAAUUCGUAAUAUCCAAUUUAUUUUAUCACCUUUUCCUUCGAAUCCUCGCUUCCAUGGCCGCUGUUCGAGCUUCACUCUGCUUUCGCACCUCCGACCACCACCGAGCCAUCUCAUAUUCAACUUCUAUCUCCAUUUCCAAGCUCGAAUUUCGCGAUUCAACCAUAGCUAAAGCCCUAUUAAGCACAAUCCACUUUGGCCGCCAGCCCAACUCCGUUUACAGACAUACAUCUCUUACAAAAGCAUUGAAGCGAGAUCAAGAGGAUUGUUGCGACACAAGUUACGAAGCCCUUCACAUUUUCGAGGGAUGGUUCGAGUUUAUCCGAGAUAUGAUUCCAGGUGGAAGCUGGUGGGAUUUGAGUGGCUGCGAGGGGGAAAUCGGCGGCUAUCCAAAUGCAACGAGCCCGGUGACAGUUUGGAAAGCUCUGACACAGAUACUGGCCCUCUUAGCUGAUGCAAAGUGGGUUUUGUACACGGCGUUUGGUGCUUUAGCUGUGGCGGCUGUUUCGGAGAUAUCUAUGCCUGGAAUACUGGCGGCAUCAGUUUUUUCCGCUCAAAAUGGUGAGAUGUUGGUGCUUGUUCAAAACUCACGACUUAUGGUUAUCUUGUGCCUCACCUCAGGAAUAUGCAGUUUGUACCAUUCACAUAUGCAGGUUAAACGCCUCAGGCAAACUGUAUAUAGCUCUCUGCUUCUUCAGGAUAUAUCGUUUUUUGAAUCAAAAGCAGUUGGCAAUUUGACUAGCAGGAUUAGUACUGAUUGUCAGCGAUUAUCAAACAUCAUUGGAAAUGACAUACACUUGAUCGCCCGAAACAUAGUUCAGGGUAUUGGUGCAUUUAUCGUCUUGAUGACUUUGUCCUGGCCACUGGCACUGUCAUCCCUGGGCAUAUGCUUUAUUUUGUCUGCAAUUUUCUUUAUUUAUGGGAUGUACCAAAAGAAAGCAGCAUUGCUCGUUCAAGAUUCUGUUGCUUCGGCCAAUGAAGUCGCACAAGAAACAUUGCAUUUGAUGAGAACUAUCAGAGCAUCUGGAACAGAAAAGGAAGAAUCUGAGAGGUUCGAACAAUGGCUUGAUAGGCUAGCUUUCAUUGGCAUGCGAGAAAGUGUGGCCUAUGGAAUCUGGAACUUUAGUUUUCAUACGCUGUACAGAUCAACCCAGGUUCUUGCUGUCCUCUUUGGAGGGAUGUCUGUUUUGACGGGAUCUGUUACUGCUGAGCAACUGACCAAGUAUGUUAUGUAUUGUGAGUGGCUGAUUUAUGCUGCCUGGAGGUUGCAAGAUAGCAUGGCUUCCUUACUUCAAUCUGUUGGAGCCUCUGAAAAAGUUUUUCAGUUGAUGCAUCUUCCACCGAGCAGCGAGUUUCAGUCGAAAGGAGUGAAAUUGCAGGAGCUAACAGGAUGUGUUGACUUUGUGAACGUAUCAUUUCAAUACACUUCGAGGAUGAAGCUUGAUGGCAACGAGCAGGUUCCUAUUUUGGAGAACGUGAAUUUCUCCAUACAAGCUAAUGAAGUUGUUGCAAUUGUUGGUGUCAGUGGUAGCGGGAAAAGCACAAUUAUCAGUCUCUUGCUUCGCCUCUAUGAGCCAAUUUCUGGUGAGAUUUAUAUCGAUAACAUUCCUCUCAGAGAGCUGGACACUGGGUGGCUGAGGGACAAUAUUGGAUAUGUUGGACAGGAACCACAGCUUUUCCAUGUGGACAUCAAGUCCAACAUAAGCUAUGGUUGCCAAUCAAACAUUGGACAAGAGGAGAUUGAACUUGCUGCAAAAAAUGCAAACGCACACGAAUUUAUCUCUGCCCUUCCUAGUGGUUAUGAUACCAUUGUCGAUGAUAAGCUGCUAAGUGGCGGGCAAAAGCAGCGUAUUGCAAUCGCAAGGGCACUCGUAAGAAACCCUAUUAUUCUUGCACUCGAUGAACCUACCAGUGCCCUUGAUGCUGAGAGUGAAGGCCACAUUGCGGAGAUUCUUCAUUCUAUGAAAAAAAACCCACAAAGACAGAGGACUGUCAUCAUAAUAGCAAAACGGCUGUCUACAAUAAAAGCUGCCAACAGAAUUUUGGUAUUGAACAACGGGCAACUAGUUGAGAUUGGAUGCCAUGAAGAGCUCUAUGAAAACCAGUCGACUAGUCAAGAUAAAGGACAAUUAGGCUAAUGCUAUUAUUGAUUAGAUUUCCUCCAGAGCCCGUGAGCUGAAGUCACUUGGUUGGGGUACUUGCUGGCUUUUGUGUUGCUCCCGCCAUCUUCAUCUUCAACUUCACUUCUCAGGUCUUUGGUCGGGCUCUUUUCCGGUUGUGGGCCUUCUUUCGGGUUUCCCUUCUGGCGCUCCAUGUCCAUAUAUAUAUAUAUAUUUUUUUUUUU